GAUGUUUGUGUUCUGCUUGUCCAAGCCUGUCAGCUGGUUCACCUUGAUCAGGAACAUCUUGUCAGCAAAGUUUGUCAGCUUAUUCAUCACUUACUUAACAGAUUUCAGGUGACGGUUGAUGAGCAGAACCUGGAUUUCCUUCUCGCCUACUGCAUCUCUGCUCUUAAGCAGUGCAACUCGUGGACGCACGUUGAAAUUCUGCAAGCCUUAGCAGCUCUUGUUUACAAUAAUGGGCCUAAAUGCCAGAAGUACCUCCCGGAUUUGCUGGGCCAGACUGGGCUCUUGGUGCAGUUCAGUGAUUCUUCUCAGCCAGACGUGGAACUCAGGAGGGCAGCAGUACACAGCAUGGCAAACCUCUGUCUCGGCGUGCCCGGGCAGCCGUACUUGGAUGAGUCCUACCGAAGUGUCUGUUUUCAAACUUUCCUGAGUGUUCUGCAGUCUUCAAAAACCGCUGAUGUAGACGACAUCACUUUUUGCAUGCUACUGCAAAAUGCACUGAAAGGUAUCCAGUCGCUUCUCAACGGUGGGAAGAUGAAACUCAUGCAGACUGACCAAAUUGGAUCUCUUCUUGCAGCCUUAAAGAAAUGUAUGUUUCACGGACUGCCAGGCCUGAGCCUAGAAAUGCCCGCGGCCUUGUACCCGGCUCCGCUGCCGCAGUACGAUGAACGCUCGCCCGUCCGACAGGAGCCGUCGGAACCGGCCGCCCUGAAGCAGACGGGGAACCGAAGAAAAAAGUUCAAAGGGAAACAAAGGAAGGCAGAGUUUGGGGAAGAAGGAAGAGAAGAUUUGGGUGAUGCAGGAAAUGAAUCGAUCCUUGGGGCAGAGAUGGCAAAAUUACAGCUGGGGGAUGUGCAGACCAGUCCUUGUUCGGACCCGCAGACCCGAGGGUCGGAUGCUGCACGCGUGCCCGCCGGGAAGGAUCCCUGGUCUUCGCUUUGUGCUGGCUGGAAAAGGAUCAGCAGCAGUGAGUCGGAAUAUUCUGAUGCUGAAGGUGGAAUACAGAGCAAAGUGAGAUCUUAUCAAGCCAAUGUUCGUCAAGGGGCUCUAGCCUGCUUCCUCUCUGCUGUGAAAUCGAUAGAAAAGAGAGUUCUUUAUGGCUACUGGUCAGCGUUUGUUCCUGAUGCACCCGGUAUCGGCAGCCCCCAGUCAGUGUCCUUGAUGACUAUUGCUUUAAAGGACCCGUCUCCAAAGACCCGUACCUGUGCUCUUCAAGUUCUCUCGGCCAUCCUGGAAGGUUCGAAGAAGUUUCUUUCCGUUGCUGAAGACGCUACUGAUCACAAGAGAGCUUUUACCCCCUUCUCUGUAACUAUUGCUUCUAGCAUCCGGGAGCUGCACCGCUGCCUGCUGCUGGCCCUGGUGGCAGAGUCCUCUUCUCAAACACUGACACAAAUAGUCAAGUGCCUUGCAAACUUGGUUUCAAAUGCACCAUACAGCCGUUUAAAACCUGGGUUGCUGACAAGAGUUUGGAACCAGAUCAAGCCAUACAUUUGUCACAAAGAUGUUAAUGUUCGAGUGUCUAGCCUCACGUUGUUAGGGGCUAUAGUAUCUGUCCAAGCACCUUUACCAGAGGUGCAGUUACUUUUGCAGCAGCCCAGUUCUUCAGGGCUAAAUAACAGUGGUAGCGCAAGCCCUCACCGUUUGAACUCCUCUGAGCAGUGGAGGAAAGCCCUCCCCUCAGAAGGGCAGCCGCCAGAUCCUCCGGCGGGAUGGACGUCUUCAGAGCCGUGUUGGCUUCUCCGUCUCUGCGUUUCCAUCAUCGUUCUGCCCAGAGAGGAUUCCUGUUCCGACAGCGACGCGAACUUCCCGUCCUUGUCCAGCGUGUAUGAACCGUGUCCCCUGCGGCUGGAGUCCCUGCAGGUGUUGGCUCUCCUUGUAAAAGGCUAUUUCUCCAUGGCUCAGAGCUAUUUCCUAGAACUUGGAGAAGUGGCUUGCAGGUGCAUGGAAGAAAUGGAUCCGUCCGUUCAGCUUCAUGGUGCCAAACUUCUGGAGGAGCUGGGCACCGGUGUGCUACAGCAGUACAAACCUGACUCGGCUGUUGCCCCUGAUCAGAGGGUACCUGUCAGUGUGGUUGUCACUUUCUGGACGAUGGUGUUAAACGGCCCUUUACCUGGCAUUCUUCAGAGCUCGCCACACGCGACUCUUCAGACGAGCGCCUGCGAUGCCCUGUCCUCUAUCUUGCCGGAAGCUUUCAGCAGCCUGCAGAAUGACCGGCAGAUCCUGUGCGUCACUCUGCUGCUUGGCCUGAACCACCGGGAGAACCCCCUGGUAAAAGCUGCUGCCGCCCGCGCGCUUGGAGUCUACAUCCUCUUCUCUUGCCUUCGACAGGACGUGAUGUUUGUGGCAGACACGGCAAACGCUAUUCUGGAUUCCCUGCGUGACAAGUCUCCGAACGUCCGUGCCAAAGCAGCUUGGUCCCUGGGCAACCUGACAGACACUCUGAUCAUCAACAUGGAAACGAUGGGACAAAGUUUUCAGGAGGAAAUUUCUGAUCUGCUGCUGCUGAAAAUGUUACAGGCUGCGACUGAAGCGUCCAAGGACAGAGACAAGGUAAAGAGUAACGCGGUCCGGACCCUUGGGAAUGUGCUUCACUUCCUCCAGCCGUAUCACGUAGCGAACCCCAGGUUUAGGGAAGCCAUCGAGGAGUCUCUUCAGGCCCUUAUUUCUACUGUUCAGAGCGAGGCCACUAUGAAAGUGCGCUGGAAUGCUUGUUACGCGCUGGGGAAUGUGUUUAAGAACCCUGCCUUGCCACUCGGAGAGGCUCCUUGGACCACGCAAGCCUACAGUGCCCUGUCCUCAGUAGUGAAGUCCUGCAAGAAUUUUAAAGUCCGCAUCAAAUCGGCCAUGGCCCUCUCCAUCCCUAGCAAGAGGGAGUGCUACGGCUCCACUGAGCAGUUCUGCCAGAUCUGGAGCGCCUUGGUGGUGGCCCUGCAGAAGAGCGAAGACACCGAGGACUUUCUGGAGUUCAAGUACAGCGCCAGCCUCAGGACGCAGAUCUGCCAGGCUCUGCUGCAUCUGUUGGGCCUGGCCAAGAGCACGGACCUGCCAGUCAUUUGGGAAACCCUCAGGGAAACGGGGGCUGCCCUCAAACCCUACGUCCUGCAGUACCUGAAGUCUGGCAGCGAGGAGGGCGAAGCCGGGCUGCGCACGGACUGGCGCGAGAGGGAGAGAGCCUUGAAAGGAGCUAUUGACCAUCUCGGGGGCGUAGAGAAACAGCUGGGGGGCAAAGCCAGGGGCAGUGUGUCUGGUUACCUGGAAGGCAUCUUGACAGACCAUGCCAGUGCCACCCAGUUGACAGAGGCUUAG